AUGGCUUGUGACCCGGGCCAAGAAUGCUAUAUGGAGCCUGGCAGCACCUUUGCCAAACCAAUAUGUCACUUGAAGUGUGGCCCGAACGAAGCGCUAAGCACUCCCGGAACUACAACAAAAGCACGCACUCCUGGAACUCCAACAACGGCACGCAAUGCUCGAACUUCCGAAACUCCAACAACUGCCACGCCGACAUGUUGCGAGAACGAGAUGCUGAAACGAUGCAGUGGCUGUGAGGCGACGUGCGCUUUCCCGGACGGGCGUCCGAAUUGCGUCCCGAAUUGUCAACAAGCGAAAUGCGAAUGCAAGCCGGGCUUCGUUCGGUGCCCGAUCAGUGGGCGAUGCAUUUGCGCGUCACUGUGUCCGAAGAACUCGUGCCCGCCGAACGAGGAUUGGAACAGUUGUCCAACGUGUGAGGCCACUUGCACUAACUUGAAUCCGAUCUGCCCAAUGGUGUGCAAGACGCCGGCUUGUCAAUGUUGCAAGGGCUACGUUCGGUGCCCGAUUUCCGGUCGCUGUGUCACCCCGGCAUCAUGUCCCAAAAUCAACCCAUUAACCCACCCGAAAGUGCGAGUGGCGGCUCAAAUAAUGCCAAGAAUGGUUCAAGUCCAACAACCAGUCUCCCAGAAGCAACCUGCUGCUCUAAAGAAAUCUAUCCCGAAAUUCGUGGUUCAACGACAAGCCCCAGUUGGU